GCGUCGCUGUAAUUUGGGUAUAUAAUAGAUUAGGUGCCCGCACUUUUCAUCAGAACCCAUCAAUUGACGCAAGCAAUCUACAGCUCGUGGCAAAUUAAAAGUUGGUUAUAUCUUCUCGUUAUUUCACCCCAACCCUUCACAACAAGAAAACAUGGCACGUACCAAGCAAACAGCUCGUAAAUCCACUGGUGGCAAGGCCCCUCGUAAGCAACUUGCAUCCAAGGCUGCCCGUAAAUCUGCCCCUCCCACUACUGGUGGUGUCAAGAAGCCCCAUCGUUACCGUCCCGGUACCGUUGCUCUCCGUGAAAUUCGUCGUUACCAAAAGAGUACUGAGCUUUUGAUCCGGAAGCUCCCCUUCCAACGUCUUGUCCGUGAGAUUGCCCAAGACUUCAAGACUGAUCUCCGUUUCCAAUCCUCAGCCAUUGGUGCCCUUCAAGAGGCUGUUGAGGCUUACUUGGUCUCCCUGUUCGAAGACACCAAUUUGUGUGCUAUCCACGGUAAGCGUGUCACCAUUCAACCCAAGGACAUGCAACUCGCUCGUCGUCUCCGUGGUGAGCGUUCUUAGGUUCGUGAACUUGUUUGUUUUAAAUUUUCGUUCGUUCACUUAAGCUUUUUUUAAGUUGCGCGUAACGCUGAGCGCUGGUCGCCUGAGUACGCGAACAAUGUCUCGCCUAAUAGUCAUCCAUAUAGUUGCAGGAGUGGAAAACGUUAAUCUCACCUCACAAACUCUUACACUUUGGAAGUUUAUGUAUUAUGUAAAAAAUAAAGAAAAGAGAUGUGGCUUUAUAAAUGUUAGCUGGAUUGUCGGGUUUAGCGCCUCGAGCUUAUCUUAUAACCUUAAUUACUAUUUUACUAGAGCGUUUAUUGGUCAUUGUUGAGAAAUGAG